ACGCAAGCUGGGGAAGAAUGUACUUCGAAAUUCGAAACUCACAGCGAGUAAACUAAUUGAUUACGGGCUUUCAGAUUUAAUAACUAUAAUAUAAUGGACGUAGCUAUUUUGUCGAAGGGACGGAAGGUCCGUAGCUUUGCUUUAAUUCGACCUGAUUGUGCCAAAACUUAAAGCGAGGGCUAAUAUGACUGUGAGCGAAGUUAUAGGAAAAAAUACAUAACAUUUCCAAACUGUUCUGUUUACAUGUCCUUUGAAAGUCAUGUCCUUGAGUUGUGCUUGCUUUUAUAGAUAACCAUAACGUGUAGCUGCUUGACAACGAGAAUACAGAAAUAAAGAGAAGAACGGUUCUUCAUGAUUUAUCAAAACCUUUGGAAACAAUGGUCCAGCUGCGGUAAAAUUAUAUUCAGAAAGCCCAAGUCACUACAGCAGAGUCAUUUUAUCUCACAGGCGACAGGAAUGGGACGGUUUAAAGUUUACGUUACUCAUCCGAACGUGCCACAGUCUGCAAUUCAGUUGUUACAGGAAAGUUGUGAUGUCACUGUUUGGCAACAAGAAUGCCCUGUGAAAAGAGCAGAACUCAUGACGCAAAUCAAAGGAAAGGAUGCACUAUUCUGUUUGUUGACGGAUAAAAUUGACAAGGAAGUGUUAGAUAGUGCAGGGCCAGACUUAAAAGUUAUUGGUACAAUGUCUGUAGGGUACGAUCAUAUUGAUGUACAUGAAGUCAAGAAGCGUGGCAUCAAAAUUGGGUAUACUCCAGAUGUUCUCACUGAUGCAGUGGCUGAUCUUACUAUUGCCUUACUACUUGCAACUUCCAGACGACUCUUUGAGAGCCACAAUGAAAUACUGAAGGGCCAGUGGGGACCUUGGUCACCAUUGUGGAUGUGUGGACCAGCACUAAAGGAUUCUACCAUAGGCAUGGUUGGUUAUGGGCGUAUUGGGCGUGCUACUGCUCGACGUUUAGUGGCGUUUGGUGUCGGUCGCACACUCUACUGGGGCCGAUCUGACCAUGGAGAUCCUGACAAUAUUGGUGCAAAAUUCUGCCCGGAGCUAACAAAUCUUCUGGCUGAAAGUGACUUUGUGAUUGUCACAUGUGCCCUAACCACAGAUACUCAUGAAAUGUUUGAUGAGAAAGCUUUUGCAGUCAUGAAACCUUCUGCAGUCUUUAUCAAUACAAGUCGUGGUGGUGUGGUGAAGCAAGAUGCACUUAUCAAAGCACUGGAGACCAAACAAAUCUGGGCUGCCGGUCUUGAUGUUACUACCCCAGAGCCAUUGUCUCCAGACCAUCCUUUGCUGAGUCUCAGGAACUGUGUUGUGAUUCCUCACAUUGGUAGUGCAACAACACAAGCAAGGACAGAAAUGGCAAUGCUCACUGCUCGAAAUAUUUUAGCUGCCUUGAAUGGAGAGCCUCUCCCGGCUGAAAUAAAGUAGAUGCAAAUCGAAGGAACAAUGUCUACAGUAAUCUCCCACAGAAUGUUAAAUAUCUGUAGCCUGCUUACAAAGAUUCCAUUUAGCAAAAAUUUCAGGAGAGGUUUUAUUUUUCUGAAAAGUGCAGACAAGUUGAGCAUACAUUCGUUGAUGGACACUUAAAGCUUACAUUGUAUAGAAUCACAGAUAAGUGUCAAAACAGUGGAAUCUUUUAAGUCACCAAAAACUGGUACUUGAUAAAUAUGCCAUGUUUUAGAUAUAGAGAAGAUUGAUUCAAGAUACAUAUGAGUAGUUCUUGCUCUACUGUAGUGUAAUUCUGUGUCUUUAAUCUGUUUGACAAAAUGUAUUAUUGAACUGAUUUUCUUUUGAUAAAUGCCAGCCUUCCUCUAACCACUUCGUGUUUCAACAAGAGUUAGAGCUUCGUCUUUCUUAAAUCGUAUAAGAACCCCUUCAACUCCAUGUUUUGUAAUAACCGAAAUCCAAUAACUAUCCGCGUACAUACUUCUAUUCUGUUUCCUGCCACAGCUUCAACUUACACUUUUAGUGGAUCCUGUUCCAUCUCCAAGUCUCUUUCUUUUUGGUAGAACUGUUGAACAAUACUUAUGAAGGAAGGCAUCUUGCCUGGUUUUGUGUUUAAUGCCAUAAAACACAUGUGAAAUGUAUUUAUAUCUUGUAUCUUCAACAAGCUGCAAUUUUUCUUUCCUUCAGGUAAUCCAUUUGGUCCAUACCUGAAAAUAAACAAUGGCAUUAAAACAAUAUAAACUUUAGUGGUAAUUGUUUGUACAUGGUUACAUUUAAUAUUAACUUCCAGUGUCUUCUGUUUUACUCAUUCUCAGUUUGAUCGAUCUGAAAUUUUCUUCCUUCAUUCACAUGUAGGUGAUUCUUUCACAACGCCUUCCCUUAUUUCUGUUGGUAUAGUUCAACACAGUGUUAAUAAUACAUGUUAGUUAAUAAACUCUUUAGUAUUAAGCAAUAAUAGAUGCAGACCAUACUGCUUAUCAGUACAAUUCUAAUAAAUGUUGUGAACUUGCAAGAUCGUGUGACAGACUAAGCCUUUGUGGAGAUGGCCAUUUUUGUCACCAACAUAAUUUAUGGCUUGCUGAUUUUGUAACUAAGGCAAAUGUUUAAAUGCGAAUUUAACAUGCUUCUGGCUGUUUUUG